AUGUGGAUUCUCCCUCUGCUGGGCUACGCCGGCGCCAUUCUUGGCUUCUGCUUCCUGACGCUAUCCAUCGCGUCGGGGCUUUACUACCUUUCAGAGCUUGUGGAGGAACACACCGUCUUGGCAAAGAAGCUACUUACACGGCUGAUUCAAAUCAUCAUCGGCGUGCAGGUGGUGCUAUGGCUAAUUGAUGGAUUUCCCUUCUGGGCGACCGUCCUGGGGAUUGUGUCGCAUGUCGUCUAUCUGGGCAACAUGAGGAGGUUCCCCUACGUGCAGCUCAGUGACCCGCUGUUCCUGCUGUCGUGUGUGUUGGUGUUGUUUGAUCACUAUGUGUGGUUUCGACACUUUGCCGACAGCCAAGCGCGAGCUUACAACCGAACGUCGUACUACGAGCAGGUGGACGUUCCUACCUUCACCAUGAUAGCGUCAUACUUUGGCUUGUGUGUCUGGCUGGUGCCGUUUGCACUGUUUGUGAGCUUGUCUGCGGGCGACAAUGUGCUGCCUACAAUGGGCACGGAGCCCGUCCGCAGCAUGGACGGCAAGAGUAAACCUCAGGGUAUGGUCAAGGCCGUUGUCGACUGGGUUCGCGGCUUGAUCGGGGACAUGGCUGGCUCCGGAAUGGACAGGCCAUGA